AACUUCCCUACAACUCAAAAUGCCGCCGCAGAGUAGGGGAAAUGGCUAUCCGAAGGGCCUCCAAUCGAAGUCCACUCCUAAUCUCCCAACUCUCAAGUCGCUUUCCCUCGAUUCACUCCCGCCGGCGCCGACUCCUCCAAGUGCCAAAACCGAGGCUCCAAGCAGCCUGCUGUCUCCCACAACCACGUCUCCUUCUGAAGCGGCUUCUGUAGAAGACAACCUUUCGACGGAAGACUCCUUUACCCUGGACGCCUCCGGUCUAACGAGUGCAUCUGAGGAGGAAGACAAUGGCGACGAUGGACUCGACUUCGACGGGCCAGCGCCCGCCGUGCAGGCGCCUCGCAGCACAAGCACAGGGCCAGGUACCAAACCAAAACGGCCGAUAUAUUCGCACGGAAGCCGGUCGCAUUCGCAUCUACCACAUGCAUCGGCGGCGCUAUUCCCGCCUUUCUACAACCGACCGCCCACGCCGCUGCCUCCGUCGCCCAGCCUGACAAGCCUAUUGCGGCCCAGCUUCAGCACGCAGACGAGCCGGCCGACGACACCGGAUAGCUCAGAUGUAGAGGCAGUGCCGGGGCCGUACCGGCACGGCGGCGCAGUUAAUAGUUCAAAGCGGGCGCCCAGCGCGGCAUCGACCGGGACGGGUACCGGCACCGGUACACCCACAAACAACCUGGCAUCAUCGUUUGCGUCCGCGACGCCGAUCCCCCGCGCGGCGCCUAAGGUGCCGACGUACGAGUAUUAUGGCUUCUUUAUCUACCUAGCGUCGAGCUUCGCGUUCCUCAUGUACAUACUGUGGGCAUAUCUACCGCGUCCGUUCCUGCACCAGCUCGGCAUCUACUACUAUCCGAACCGGUGGUGGGCUCUGGCGGUGCCGGCGUGGCUGGUUGUCCUGAUCAUGUGGAUCUAUGUCGCGCUGGCGAGCUACAACGUCGACUACCUGACGCUGCCGAUGAAGAACUGCGAAAACCUCGUUGACGACGCGGCGCAGAUCGCCGUGAUGGACGCGCGCGGCAAGAUCGUGCGCAUGGGGAAGGAUGACCAGAAGGGUACCGCCAGCGCGGCGCAUAGUAGACAGAGCAGCGCGAUGAGCGUCGGCAAAGGGUUUGCGGUUGGGCAGGAGAAGGAGGUCGAUUGGAAGAACCUGUGGAGCGAGAGUACGGAUGCGGUGCUCGACGUGCCGAUAGGCGGCGUCUGCGAAAUAUUGUAUGGGGCAGGGCGCGAGAAGGACGAGGACGAGGAGGAUAGCGAAGAGGACGGCGAUGGGGAGAGCGAGGCUGUGAAUGGAUGAAGAAACGGCUUUCUCGUCUCUGGCAAUGCCUCCAGACUGGAAUACCAACCGCCGUACAGGUCACGACGUUUGGGCAAGUCAGAAUAGUGAGUGCGCAUAUAUCCUCGUCAAAGAGCCCGCCGCCGUCCUAUACCGAGUCGCGCACUUCCUUGCGGGCGCGAUUUCCCAUAUUGUGGUCUAGUGUCGCGUUCAAACAGCCAAAAGGCAUGAAGAC